AUGAAGAUUGCCAUUACCGGAGCUGGAGGCUUUGUAGGCCAACUCCUCGCCGAACAUCUCCUCCUCGCCGACCAUCAAGUCCUCCUGAUCGACAUCUUCGAGCCUCCUAUUCCCGCAAAGGCAUCUUCCAAGUCUCCAAACGCAACAUGUAUAAAAGCCGACUUGUACAGUGAUUCUGCCUCUGUGAUUCCUUCUUCUUUGGACGCAAUUUUCAUUUUCCACGGCAUCAUGUCUGCAGGCUCAGAAGCAGACUUUGACCUCGGAUACCGUGUAAAUUUGCACUCGACCUUGAAUCUUCUGGAGACACUGAGGCAGAAGGCGCCGGGUGUCAAGGUUGUCUAUGCGUCUAGUACUGCUAUUUAUGGGAACCCAUUGCCGGAAUGGCCGAGCGAGGCUACCUUGCCAACACCGUCGAGUAGCUAUGGAACACAAAAAACAAUGAUUGAAUAUGCCAUCAAUGACUUUACACGCAGAGGCUACAUUAAUGGCUUUUCCCUCAGAUUUCCGACUAUCAGUGUAAGGCCUGGUAAACCCACUCAAGCUGCUUCUUCAUGGAUGAGUGGCAUUUUCAGAGAGCCCUUGCAAGGUCUUCCUUCUACUUUGCCUUGUCCUGAUGACUUUGAGGCUUGGUUGUGUUCACCGAGGAUCUUGGUGGAGAAUCUCAAGCAUGUGCUUACAUUGGAAAAAGAUUGUCUACCUAGUCAUGUUAGACAGGUCAAUUUACCUGGUAUCACAGCGAGUGUCAAAGAGAUGCUGGAGGCGUUGGAGGAUGUGGGAGGGAAAGGAGCGGUAGAGUUGGUGACGAGGGAGGAGCCGACCAAGGAGAUCAAGGAUAUGUUGGAUUCUUGGCCUAUCAGGUUUGAUGUCAGCAAGGCUAUGAAGCUGGGCUUCAAGAGAGAUGAGAAAUUCAGGGAUGCGGUGGAGAAUUUCAAGAGGAGUUUGGAGGAGUAA